AUGUCCUGUUUCAAGAAGGAUGGUCCCGACCACCACAAGGAAGAGUUCAUUAUGAGGUCGGCACCUAAACCUCGAGACACCAGAUCUGCAGGAUUCUCCUUUAAAGUACUGGUGCCACAAAAGAACAUAGAGAAGGUGAUCAGGCGCCUGCCACAGUUACACGACGAAGAGUACUAUAGGACGCAUCUCGCUAGCUCCGACAAGAAGGAGUAUCUUGCUCUGCCAGAUGGAAAGGACACAGAAUUGAAGAUCUUAUACAAAAUCCACGAGUACGAAGAACUGAAGGACUCUUCAGACUUUACUCUCGACGACUGGAUCAAGCAGGCCAGAGAUAUCAAGAAAUACUACCACGACUACGACGGCUUCGUGGUCUUGCACGGCACGGACACGACGGCGUACGGCGCCUCCGUGCUGUCCUUCAUGCUGGAGACGGUCGGCAAGACCGUUGUGCUGACUGGCGCACAGGUGCCCAUCUUCCAACCACGUAGCGACAGUAACAACAACUUUUUAUGCGCGGUUCUGAUCGCCGCUACCCAGCUCAUUCCAGAGGUCACUGUGUUCUUUGGAGCCAAAUUGUUCAGGGGAACAAGAGUAAAGAAAGUGUCAAAUACCCGCAUCUAUGCGUUCGACACCCCGAACUACCCCCCGAUCCUGGAGGCCCGGACGACUUUGGACGUGGACCCAAAGAUGCUGAUCCACCCGCCCGGAUCCGUGCCGGACGAGUGCCGGAUACACGACCGGCUCUGCCGGAAGGUCUACACGCUCAAAGUCAACCCGACCAUCACGGCUGAGGUCAUCAGAUCUGUGUUCCAAGGAAUGGAAGGCGUAGUGCUAGAAACGUACGGCAACGGCAACAUCCCGAUCAAGCGCAAGGAGAUCUACCACGAGAUCGAGCGAGCGAUCAAGAAUAAUGUGUUAGUCGUCAAUGUAACGCAGUGCAUCAAUGGAACUGUGCAGGGGAAGGCCAUUUAUGAGACCGGAUUGUUGCUGGUAGAAUGCGGAGUGGUGCCGGCGUUCGACAUGACAGCGGAGGCGGCGUGGGCCAAGCUGUGCUACGUACUGUCCAAGACUGAACUCAGCUAUCAACAGAAAGUAGAGUUGAUGAAGACCAACAUUCGUGGCGAGCUGUAUAAUCCGAACCACGUUGCUGGUUAA